UUUUUACAAAAUGGCGACCAAAAUACUGACGAACCGCCGCAUUUUAGAAUGCGCCCGCAAUUCACGCUUUACGAGUCACUAUCCCAAGCUCCUUAACCCGGACAUAGAAUCGGAAUACGUGUACACCAAAGAACCCAAGUAUCCGCCGAUCUUAGAUACCCACCACAAAGCCACCUUGAGGCGCGCGCGAGAGGAAUGGAGAGAGAGCAUCAAGGCGAUGCCCACUGUUCAACAGAAACUGGGCAAGAUGACCGAAAAGGGUCUGCAGUUCUGUUAUUUGGCGCAGCCGGAUACCCUGUACUACAACUGCCUCCCCGCAUACCAGUACGCAACGCGGACGCACCUGAUCGAAAGUCUGCCGGACGUGUACGAGAAAAUCGACGUCGAGGACGCGUACGCGCGACUCAAACCUCAUCUCGUCGAUGCUAUCGCCACUGAGUUGGAGUUGUUCGAAAGCGGCGACAAAUGCAGGGAGAAUCCUUCCGAGUCCAUAAAACAGGAGAAAAUCAUCGCCAGUGUUCUGUCGGUGUUGUUGAGAGGCCUGGCCAAGGACGCGCCUCACCUUCAGACCUCGCAGGUGGAUUAUAGGCCACGUUGCGAUGCCUUCUGGAAGCAUGGCCGAUACUACCCAAAUGAAAGGAGACGAUUCAGAGACAGGGACACCAUGACCAUGAAUUUGCAGUUCAUGGAUACACCUGAUGCUCAAGUCCGGAUUACCAAACCUCUUCCUGUUAUAGUGAGCAUGGAUGACCCACUCGUACGUAGCCAAGAGGUUCCAGACUUUCCUUACCACCCUUCUUACAUGAAGUUCAAGUGGAAAAAGAAGUAUCAGACAAGUUUGCCUGGUACUUGGCCCCUCCACGAGUGCAACUUUCCUUUGCUGACCAUACGGCAGCGCAGUCAGUUGAUUGGUCACCACGAUUCUCCAUUCAAAACAGCUGAAGAGGUGCAAGAUGCCGCAAAUGCUGCAGCCAUACUGUCAGGCUUUGGCUGGCUCAAUGGAGUGGCAACACAGCUGGGGUUCACAAUUUAUCACGACCCAACCUAUCCUCUGGUCAGCCAUGUUGUCAAUACAGAUGGACAACACUGGACGUUUGCAGUCUACCAACUGAACACACUUCGUUUACAUUACGACUAUUAUGAAAGCAACCCGCUUCGUAACCUGUGCUGGUCGUCCGGCAAUCUACGUCUCUUCGAAGCGUACGAGAAUGGAGAACUGAAAGGCAUUGACGACAGUGUGUUUAAGCUCCUGCUCCGGUUCGUGCUUCGCCAACCUGAAGCACCUGAAGGGAUCGAGCUUCGUCCAUACCUAGGCGUGGACACUCGACCCGAAGAAGAGAGGCAAGAGCAGCUGAAAUCGUGGAUGAUGACCUAUGACUGCCGCUUCAAUCUGAGAGAGGCUAUCAAGAACGAAGUGCCGAUGUGGGUCAAGAUCUACAAGUGGCAUAAAGAUGCUCCGCCCUCGCCACACAUUAAUCUAAAGUAGUAUGUUCUCUUGCGUCAGUGUAUAGCCGUUACUUUCUUGUUUCAAUUAUUAUUUUUUUUUUUUUCAGUAAAGUUUUGAUAUUUAAAAAGGAA